CUCAUCAUUACAAUUCGAAGUAACAAUGACAAGUAUAGCUCUGCCUGCCCUUUCUAUGUCGACCAUUCUGGAUAAAAUUCUUCUCUGCUCUGCAUUCGUUGCCUUCACAAUUUGUAGUUAUGCUGCAGAUCAGGACAGAAUUCUUCUCAACUGUGGCUCCUCGCACACAAUUCUGUCACAGGAUGGACGUGAAUUUGUUGGAGACCAUGCAAAUAAAUUCGCUCCAUCUACCAACACUGAGACAGCAGCUUCUUCUGGUCCUUUUCUGCCCUCUGAAACUCUCUACAAGACAGCCCGUCUAUUCACAGCAAAAUCCACAUACACUGUCCCAAUCUCAGACACUACCCACAAGCAUUUCUUGCGCUUCCACUUUUAUACCUCCUCCUACAACACCCACAAUCUCAAUGACUCUGUUUUUUCCGUCAACUGCGGGCCAUAUGUUCUGCUCCGCAAUUUCCCUGCAGCGACUCUAAAACAGCCAUAUGUUAUCAUGGAAUUUUGUAUUCCUGUCAACAAACGGAAACGGCUUGAUAUUAUCUUCACACCUGAAGCAAACAGCCACAAAUCGUAUGCAUUCAUCAACGCAAUGGAAAUCAUAUCUGUUCCAAAUCUGCUGUUUGUGAAGCCUGUCAUUCUUCCUGGCCCGAAUUUUCAGCAAAGCCCGUUUUCCAUAGGCUUACGCACUGCCUUGCAGAACAUGUACAGAUUGAACGUGGGAGGGCAAACCAUAAGCCCUUCCGGUGAUAAGUAUGGGAGGACUUGGGCUGAAGAUUCGAGGUAUUUAAUUGGGUCUGUUAUGGGUAGUAAAGUAGAAAAUUCUACAGAGAUCCAACAGGCAGAUUUACUUGCGCCUAAAGAUGUAUAUGCCUCCUAUAGGUCCAUGGAUCCAAGCUCCCUAAUCAACCUCAACUUCAAUUUAACCUGGGUUUUUAGCAAUAUUGAUGCCAAUUUCAGUUACCUGGUUCGUCUUCACUUCUGUGAGCUUCAAUUCGCAGCAGCCCACCAGAGGAUUUUUGACAUUUAUAUCAACAAUCAAACUGUAGAGCAAGCCUUCGAUGUCAUUGAAGCGGCUUCAGGGUCAAACCACCCUAUUUACAGAGAUUAUGUCAUCUAUGUCGCUGCAGAUGAAUCUGCUACUACAGACCUGUGGGUGGUGUUGUGUCCCAACAGCAGAACAGCGCCUCAAUACUAUAAUGCUAUUCUGAAUGGACUGGAAAUAUAUAAGCUCAAUGACAGCUCUGGAAAUUUCGCAGGACUAAAUCCUGUGGUAACUGAGGAAGUUGUAGAAAACUCAGCAAAAGGGCCUGAAAGCAGCAUCAGCAGUAGCAAGCGUAAGGGCCAUACCAUAGGGACUGUAUCAGGAAGCUUCGCUGUUGCAGUUACGCCGUGUUUGAUGGGUUUAUGGUGUGCUCUGAAAAGGAAAAAUAAGAAUAGUAAGGGCUCCCAUGACAAGCCCUUUAGUGCUGUUGCUGGUCAUGGAGGAGUUAGUACGACUACUACUACUUCAACCCAGAACACUGAAUCUAAUGCAUCUAUGGGAUCCUACAGCUAUGUAUCGAUUUCUGCAGCUAGCAUAUCUUGCAGGUACUUCAGUUUUUCUGAGAUUCAAGAUGCAACCAACAACUUUGACGACUCACUUCUUCUCGGGGUAGGAGGAUUCGGAAAAGUUUACAGGGGAGAAAUCAGUGGCGGCAUCAGAAUAGCAGUGAAGAGAGCAAAUCCACAAUCCCUCCAAGGUUUUCGCGAGUUCAGGAACGAGAUAGAGCUGUUGUCCAGGCUUAGGCACAAGAAUUUGGUAUACCUCAUAGGCUACUGUGACCAGAACUCAGAAAUGUGUCUUGUUUAUGAUUAUGCUCCCAAAGGAACAUUGGCAAAGCAUAUCCAUGGAAAGGACCAAGGAAGUAUUAUUUUGUCAUGGAAGCAGAGGCUGGAGAUAUGCAUCGGUGCUGCAAAGGGCCUUGACUAUCUUCACUGUGGGGCAUUCCAGAUGGUCAUACACCGUGAUGUGAAGAGUACCAAUAUUCUUCUGGAUGAAAACUUGAGUGCCAAAGUUUCUGAUUUUGGGCUUUCCAAAACAGUGGACACAUUUGAUCGGAGCCAUGUAACCACUGUGGCAAAAGGGAGCUAUGGAUAUAUGGAUCCUCAGUACUUCUAUAGGUCAACUCUUACAAAGAAAUCUGAUGUCUAUUCUUUUGGAGUGGUCUUGUUUGAGGUGUUGUGUGCUAAGCCUGCUGUUAUGUCUACCCAGUCAGGGAAGAAGAUGAAUCUAUCUGACUAUGCUCUGGAACAUCUAAGAGGGGGUACAGUGGAGCAAAUGAUAGACUCCAAUUUAAUAGGUGACAUAACCUCAGAUUCUCUUCUGAUGUUUGCAGAGGUGGGAAAGAAGUGUUUGGCAGAGGAAGGUGAUGAGAGGCCUUCCAUGGCAGAUGUGGUGUGGUACUUGGAGUUUGCCCUGCAAUUACAUGAAACUGCAACAUGUCAAAGAGAAACUACUUGUGGUGUUGUUUCUGACGAAGUUUGAAUCGAUAUGCCACUUUUUGGAGGUAUAUGAAAUAUCUGUAGAGAAAAAAUGGAAUAGCAAUUAUUGUGGUGGAUCGUUAAUCAUGAUUUUUCAUAUUUAGUAAUGUUUAAUAGUGUAUGAUUCUGAGCAGAAACAGAUCUGUCAAGUGACAUUGUCAUAAACAUUGAAGAGAGCUUAUAUGAAGAUGAAGAAUUUGAUCAAAGACAGCUUGUAGCAUUGGUUGUUUCGCUGUCAUAUGCUUUGGGUCUUGAAGGCAUGUUCAGUGUGGCCGAAGAUUCAAGAUCAUGUGCAUAGUAGGUUGCUAAAGCCUAAAACUAUUGAUGGAUUGAUUGUAGAAAGAAUGUUAAUAAACAUGAAAAUGGAAAUAUGAUAAACUAUGGUGUUUUUGGUUUUC